CUUGGAGGUGCUGAUUCUCAUCCCAGUCGCUUCACACUCAGCUGCGAACCGAUCCAGCGAGAGCUGAAGAUCCUGGCCAGAUGAAGCCAUCAGGACCACAUCAUCUGCAAAAAGCAGAGACCUAAUCCUGCAGCCACCAAUCCAGAUCCCCUCAAGGCCUUGACAGCGCCUAGAAAUUCUGUCCAUAAAAGUUAUGAACAGAAUCGGUGACAAAGGGCAGCCUUGGCGGAGUCCAACUCUCACUGGAAACGUGUCCGACUUACUGCCGGCAAUGCGGACCAAACUCUGGCACUGAUCAUACAGGGAGCGGACCGCCACAAUCAGACAGUCCGAUACCCCAUACUCUCUGAGCACUCCCCACAGGACUUCCCGAGGGACACGGUCGAAUGCCUUCUCCAAGUCCACAAAACACAUGUAGACUGGUUGGGCAAACUCCCAUGCACCCUCAAGGACCCUGCCGAGAGUAUAGAGCUGGUCCACAGUUCCACGACCAGGACGAAAACCACACUGUUCCUCCUGAAUCCGAGGUUCGACUAUCCGGCGUAGCCUCCUCUCCAGCACACCUGAAUAGACCUUACCGGGAAGGCUGAGGAGUGUGAUCCCACGAUAGUUAGAACACACCCUCCGGUUCCCCUUCUUAAAGAGAGGAACCACCACCCCGGUCUGCCAAUCCAGAGGAGCAUGGAUGAGACACAGAAGAUCUUUCGGAAAUAUCAGCCAUCCCAUGUUAUCCACCUGGCUGCCAUGGUGGGAGGACUUUUUAAGAACAUGAAGUUUAACCUGGAUUUCUUGAGGAACAACAUGUACAUCAAUGACAAUGUGUUGCACGCGGCACAUGAAGUGGGUGUUGUCAAGGUUGUUUCCUGUCUGUCUACCUGCAUAUUCCCAGAUAAGACCACCUAUCCAAUUGAUGAGAAAAUGAUUCAUAAUGGCCCACCCCAUGAGUCCAACUUUGGCUACGCCUAUGCAAAAAGAAUGAUAGAUGUCCAAAACAGGGCCUAUUUCCAGCAACAUAAACGUUGCUACACAGCUGUGAUCCCCACCAAUGUGUUUGGUCCACAUGACAACUUCAGUAUUGAAGAUGGUCAUGUGCUGCCAGGUCUAAUUCACAAAGCUUAUAUUGCCAAAAAAGAGGGGAAGCCCUUGGUCGUCUGGGGCUCUGGCACUCCAAAAAGACAAUUUAUUUACUCUUUGGAUUUGGCUCGCCUCUUCCUGUGGGUUUUAAGGGAAUAUCCAGAGGUUGACCCGAUCAUUCUUUCUGUUGGUGAGGAAAAUGAAGUAUCAAUCAAAGAAGCAGCAGAUGCAGUUGUGCAUGCACUGGACUUUAAGGGUGAAGUGGUUUAUGAUACCAGUAAAGCAGAUGGGCAGUUAAAAAAGACGGCCAGUAAUGCAAAGUUGUGCAGCUAUCGACCAGAUUUUUGCUUCACACCCUUCCAACAAGCACUCAAGGAGACAUGUGAUUGGUUUGUCGCCAACUAUGAUACAGCUCGCAAGUGAAAACAGUACCAAGUGGGGAAAAACAACUCAAUCAGCAAUCGGUUACAAGAUGCUCAAACAGAAGUUGCCGAGAGCAUGGUUUGCAUUACUGAGUAAACUGGAUGAAGAAUCUCAUCUGCAACAUUCAACUAUGAAGAUUACUCUUAUUUUUCCAUCAGAUGUGUAUUGGUUUGUAACAUUUUCACAUUAAAAACGCCUUGGCAAACUAAAAAUCUGCACGACCUCU